CCAAAAGUCGAACUUCGACGGCUCGAAGACAUCUACUCUGAUAGAUAUGUAGUCUCCGUUGACCACCUCGAAUUUGGCAACGUCCUUGCAGUGACCUACGAUGACAGUUCAAUAUCCUUUUUUGAUCCAAAGACUAUGGUCAGCUUCAACGGAGUUGACGAUACCAACACGGUCACCAGCAUGGCUCAGGCAGGAUUCCAUUAUCCUCUUGAUGCUUCAGGUGUUCAUGUCAGUUUCUCACCAAACAGCUGCCUUGCUGUUGUGCUGGACGGAGAGUGGCAAGUGCGAUUGAGAAUGAUGGAACACUCAUUUUGUACAGAAGAAGGUCUUUACGAUGAAAAUAAAUUUUCCGCUGCUGUUGCUGCCUUGGCAUUGGCGUUCUGUCGUGGCUGUGGAAGCGAUAUAAAUACAGAUGACAUCUUAAUGAUCCUUCUGCGGCAACUCACUCCUGAUGCCCAAAAUGCCUUCAUCAACGAAGUAUACCGCGCGUUGCCCAUCAAUUGCAAUUUCACAGUGGAGCAGGACAAGCUCAUGAACCAUCCAUAUAUCCCACGCUGUCUUAGCUUACAAGCUGCUCUUGGCUUCAAGAAUUACCAUACUCCUCGUAGCCUGCCAUCCUCAGUAUCUUGGGCGAUUCUUCACUUACGACAUGCCUCGGUCCUUUUUGCCUACUUUUUCCAGUACAACAAAGGGCCCAAGGAGACCGAGCCUCAUGAUCCCGACGUUCUGAGAAUGGUCCUCGGAAACACCAAAUGGGCGCUUGAUUUCUCCUAUUAUAUUCUCGAUGAGCUGUUCGAACUAGCCGAAGAGUUCGAGCCCGUAUUUUCUGAUCAGGAAGCAUUUGCGCAAAAAGUGAAAUCGACGAAUUCACUUUCCCUCAUUCUUCUGCUGUCCAGUAUGUCCCGUGCAUUCCUGCGCUUUAUCUGUCGCGGACUACGGGGCGUGUAUGCUGGCUACACGACCACACCUCUGUCGGGAGAAGCUCGUGUUUACUAUACAGAACUCUACCAAACGAUUGACGCAUCGCCGAUUCGUAUCGACGUAUAUGAGAAAUUCCUGGCGGGCGUAGACUCAGCAGUACGGCAUGCUUACCAGGGCGCUGGGUUUGGAGACAAUGAACGUCCGGCCCCGGAGAAAGAGCUUUUGGUGAACUCGCGUAUACCCGCUGUUCUGAUCCCGGCCGUGGCGACUUUGCUGCGACAGAAGGUCCCUUCGCUCAAGCCCGAUAUCAAUCGGAUGGCCAUCUACCUGGGUGAUUACAGUUGGCUGGGCUUCUGCAACGAUCGCCGCACGGAGUUCUAUCGACGUACCCAGGAGGUCGAUGUCUUGAAAAAGCUGCCACUCCGGUCCUUCCACUCCAGGACCAGUUCCACCGAGCCGGAUGGCAACGGAGCGAGAGAGAGAGCCCAGCACGGCCAACCUCGACGUCGUUGUACCCGCUGCUGCGAAAUCUCGGGCGACGUGACGACGCCACGGUCGUUUUUGUCGUACCGAUUGAUCGCAAAGCUGCAGCUUAUCCGAUCCUGUCUGUGUGGAGGAAUGUGGACCCUCGAGUCGGGCACGAGCUCGACUCCCUCCAGCCAGACUCUGCCGAGCCAUAACUCAGCGCGCGGGGAGAACGCUGAAGCAAACGGCACUGGGCAAGUAUUCGGAGCAUCGACCUAG